AUUCGAAAAUAGUUUUGCAACGUCAAACAAUUCCAGAAUUUUCAAAUAAUUAUUCAAACAGCGAAGCGCUCCUAGAAGUUCAGUGCCAAUCGACCCAAGAGAUACGUGCGUCACGCUAAUUUUCAAUUAACCUCCAGUGCUGCUUUUGCCCAUCCCUCGAAGACCUUCGGGGAAACCACUGUUCGUUUGCACAGUCUGACAUCGUUAUUCAUAAAGCGGCAUCCAUCCACUCGCUGACGUUAGUCUCCUCCGAAGCUCUGACGAAAACUGCUACUUUAAAAGGAACCGUUCAAAAAGUAAAUAAAGAAAAAUUAAGAGCACUCGCGGUGGAGCGCACUCUGCUACUCGAACGGCGCCAACACACUGGGGUUCUUACUUUUGUUCGUCGCCUGUUUCUUCCAGAUUCAUCGGUCGUAUGAGCAACCAGGUUCGCUUUUUUAAGUGAUCUCCAUGAAGCAGUGAGCGGAGCUGCUUGUGGCUGCUGAAGAAGAUGGCUAUUCAUGUGGAGGGGCUUGUAGCAAUCAUCCUGUUUUAUGUUCUGAUCCUUUUUGUUGGAAUAUGGGCAGCAUGGAAAAACAAAAACUCUGGAAAUGCAAGUGGGACAGAUCGCUGCGAAACCAUUAUGGUCGGUGGGAGAGACAUUGGACUGUUCGUCGGCGCUUUUACAAUGACCGCGACCUGGGUGGGCGGCGGCUACAUCAAUGGAACAGCAGAAAACGUCUUUUUACCCGGGUAUGGUCUGGCAUGGGCACAGGCACCCUUCGGAUACUCACUUAGUUUGGUUGUAGGUGGUUUGUUUUUUGCCAAACCCAUGCGAUCUAAAGGCUAUGUUACUAUGUUAGACCCAUUCCAGCAAAUCUAUGGAAAAAGAAUGGGUGGGCUGCUGUUCAUUCCAGCCCUAAUGGGAGAAAUCUUUUGGUCUGCUGCCAUUCUCUCUGCACUGGGUGCCACUCUCAGUGUCAUAGUGGAUAUUGGUAUCAACAUGGCAGUUAUAAUUUCUGCUCUCAUUGCAAUCUUUUACACCGUGGUUGGUGGAUUAUAUUCUGUUGCCUAUACAGAUGUAGUGCAGCUUUUCUGUAUUUUUUUAGGACUGUGGAUCAGUGUACCUUUUGCAAUGUUCAAUCCAGCUGUGUUAGACAUUGGAAAAACAGCUGUUCAAAAAGUCUACCAAGAGCCCUGGCUUGGGUCGAUUGAAUCCUCAGAUAUUAUGAUGUGGCUGGAUAACUUCUGUCUGUUGAUGUUAGGUGGAAUUCCAUGGCAGGUUUAUUUUCAACGAGUUUUGUCUUCCUCAUCUGCAACAUAUGCACAGGUAUUGUCUUUCCUGGCUGCUUUUGGCUGUUUAGUGAUGGCUGUGCCAUCUGUCCUGAUUGGAGCCAUUGGGGCAUCAACAGCAUGGAACCAGACCACAUAUGGGUCAGAGUGGCCACAGGACAGACAUCAGUCUGAUAUGAUUUUACCAAUAGUGUUGCAGCACCUCUGUCCACCAUACAUUUCUUUUUUUGGCCUUGGUGCCGUGUCAGCUGCAGUGAUGUCUUCUGCUGAUUCCUCCAUUCUAUCUGCAAGUUCCAUGUUUGCACGAAAUAUCUACCAGCUGGCUUUUCGACAACAGGCAUCCGACAGAGAGAUCUUGUGGGUCAUGCGGAUCACCAUUUUUGUGUUCGGAACUGUAGCAACAGCCAUGGCCCUGCUAACAGGAACAGUUUAUGGACUGUGGUACCUGAGUUCAGAUCUCGUCUAUGUCAUUAUUUUCCCCCAGCUACUCUGUGUGCUGUUCAUCAAGGGAACAAACACUUAUGGUUCAGUGGCAGGAUAUGUUUUUGGGCUGCUUCUGAGAAUCGGUGGAGGAGAGCCAUACCUGAAACUGCCUCCGUUCAUCUAUUAUCCUUGGUGGGAGACAAUUGGAAGUGUCCAUCCUUUGACACAUACAGAAGAGUACACAAUUGUCCAGAAAUUCCCCUUCAAGACUGUGUCAAUGAUUUCAUCCUUCUUAGGAAAUGUUUUAGUUUCUUAUGUAGCUAAAUAUCUUUUCGAAAGUGGUCUGUUGCCACCAAAGUAUGACUUCCUCGAAUCUGUUGUUGCAAAGCACAGUAAGGAAAAUAUGGAUAAAACAAUCUUGGUGAACAAUGACAAUAUUGUCCUUUCAGAAUUGGCACCAGUAAAACCAAGGCACAGCAUUGUGCAUGCAGCGGCUUUCAUAAAUAAAGAAGCACUAAGUGAAGAAGACAGCAGCCCUGAUUCACCAAAUGAUGGAAAAGAUUAAUGUUUCCUUCAGCUUCCAACAUAGCCUUAAACGAAUGGAGUAAAGUGUACAGAAAUUUGAAAUGGUGGCUUUGGCAAAAAGAAAACAACAACAAAACAACAUUUUGUUGGUAUUAAUUUGCUGCUAUAUAAUUUAUUUUUUAAUGAAUAGGCAAUGAGGGCAUACUGUUCAUUAUGAUAGGAUAGGCAUCUGUUAAGAGGUGCUGGAGAAUUUGCCGUUAAUUUAUUACUAGUGCAAUACUACGACCUGGAUGAUAUCCUUAUUCAUGUUUGGAGGCAGUGUCUUUCAUUUGAAAAGAUAUGUGCAACUUUAUUUUUUUAAUUGUCCAGUAUUGGAUAAUGUAAACAGAAUAUAGGAAAUGUUAUAAAGGAACCCGUAAUAGCAAUAACAGGUCAUCUAUGAGCAAUAGACGAGGUGAACUCAACAGGCUGUGGCCUGUGACUGCAUUUAGUUGGCUCCCAAGGGUGAUUUAAUGCAUUUUCAUUUGGAAGACCAAUUCUUCACAUUUUUAUAGCAUAUGAAGGCAACUUUAAUUACAUAUACCCUAAAUAUCAUUAUGGCAGGGUUCACUAGGGGCCCCAAAUACCAGCAUGCUCUAGGCAGGUAAAGGGUGGGUGAGCAUGUUGUCACAUUUUUGCUUUAUCGGUCAGCUAGGUAUCACUGCUAAUGGAUAUGACCCCUAGGGUUAGCCCAUAAAUAUGUGACAAGAACAUGCAAAACUUUGAGGCAAAAGUGAUAAAGGCUGCCUGCUAUCAUUCAAAAUUAGAGUGCAUAGUCUCCACUAACAAUGAUGUUAACAUCUGCGUAAAUAAACCAAAGCAGAAGUUGACAUCAUUCCAAAAAUUUUAGCAUCCAAAAAACUGAUUAACCUUCCGGUUGUCAAGAUGAUCUGGAGUCAAAUAACUGCCUAGGAAAAUUUGAAGAUGGAUAAUAAGAAGGAGAAGAAUCAAAUUCUAACAUGCAAAAGGUCAUACUAAGAAAAGUCAAAGUGAAGUUCAACAAGGCCAAAUCUGCAAAGCAGAAGCUGAAGUCUAAAGAAAACUAGUAAUAUUCCUAUGCUACUAUGCUAUAUACUGUAUCUUUAUUCUUUAAGAAUGUAUCCCCAAAACUGGACAUCCUUCCUGUGGUGGUCCCAUUGUAAAUCAGGUUGGUGCAAUUGCAGCAUGCAUUCAGGAAUAAUGAGACUAGUGAGGUGGUGCACACUGCAAGACAUACAAUUGUGGUGACUACAAGAAAAAAGAACCAAGAAAUGGAGUAGUAAUUUGCUCUGUUUAAAAUAUUUUUUUCUAAUCUGCAUUUAUGGCUCAUUUGUAGCUUUGAACAUCAAAGAAUUAUUUAUUUUUUAUUCUUGCUCUAGGAGAAAUUCAUUAUGAUUUAUGUUUUCCACAUCACUAUUUUGCUUUUUUGUAGGGGCUGUCAUUUUUGUGAGCUGGCUACCAUAACACUACAGACCAUUGCUA